AUGUUAAGUGGGAAUGAUUCAUUCCAUGGGACUAUCACAGCAAAAAUUUCUUUUGAUGAUGAUAAAGCAGUGGAAUCUUUGGUGAAAGCAAUGCAUUCGAAAAAAGAUGCUGAUGAACGUCAAGUACUUCAGAUACUGACGCAAAUUAACAACACACAACGUCAAAUGAUUAAGACACCAUACAAAAUCAAAUGUAAUCGAGACUUGGUAGUUGAUCUUGCUAAUAUUUUCGCUGGUGAUUACAAAGAUGUCAUUUUGGCACUGAUGGAAACACCGACAAAAUACGAUACUUUGUUACUUAAGAAAGCUUUUGAUGAAAGUGGAACUAAUGAAACAGUCUUAAUUGAAGUUCUCUGCACAAGAACUGAUGCACAAUUAGUAGCAAUCAAAAAUGAAUACUUUAUCUUGUUCGAGACUACUUUAAUCGCUGAUCUAAAUGCUAACACAACAGGUGACCUGAAAGAUAUUUUGACCUCUGUUGCUCAAAGACCUAUACUGAUCAAUCAUAAUUCUGUUGAUACAAGCAAAAUCAGACAGGAUGUUAAAAAGAUAUUAGCUGAUAAGAAGAAAUUGGAUAAAGCAUUACUGAAAUCCACUAUUGCAUCACUACCUGCAGCUCCAUUGGCUGUUUUCAUUGCAGAAUAUGCCAUGAUGGCAGGGCACCAAAUUGAUCAAGACGUUGAAAAGCAAUUUAGUGGUCAUGCCAAGAGUGCUUUGCUCGCACUAAUCCAAUAUUCUCGAAAUAGCUUUUUAUAUUUCGCGAAUUUGUUAAAUGGUGCAUUAAAGGGUCCCGGCAUUCGAGAUCAAGACUUAAUCCGUCUGGUUGUUUCUCGAUCUGAAAUUGAUCUUGCUUCUAUCUCCGAAGUUUAUGCAAAUUCGUAUAAGAAGCAACUAGUAGAUGAGAUCAGUGCUGCAUGCGAGGGUUCAUAUCGUGACUGCCUAAUUGCCAUUGUCAAUGGUAAUAUGCAACAAAUUAUCGUAAAUUAA